AUGGAACUUGAACCAGAUAUUAUUUCUCCAACAGUGGUAAGUGCCACAUUCACACCUGAUCAAACAAGAAUGCCAUUUUUGGAAAGUCUAAUGGUCGAGAAAGCUCAUAGGCCAAUUUCAUUUCACAUGCCAGGUCACAAGGGUACUAAGGCACCUCAUUCAUUGCUACUAGAGUAUUUUGGUGGUGAUUUACAUCCGGCCGAUUUGGUAGAAAUCAAUAAAAAUAUCGACUAUUUGCAUUCACCAAGAGGAGCAUUACUCGAAGCUCAGAAACUAGCGGCUGCCGCCUACAAUGCUGAUCAUACAUUCUUUCUCAUUAACGGUUCGACAGUGGGUAAUAUGGCCGCUAUUAUGGGUGUGACUGCUUCCAAUCAAAAGAUCAUAAUGUCACGUGCUUCGCAUCGAUCUGUGUAUGGUGGAAUUGUACUUUCUGGUGCCAUACCCGUCUAUAUUGAACCUGAUUAUCAUCCUGAUAUUGGAUUUCCACUAUCGGUAAGUGUCGAGGCGAUUGAAGUUCUACUCAAACAACAUCCUGAUGUCGUUGCUAUUCAUUUAACUUCUCCUAAUUAUUAUGGUGUUAUGCCAGAUAUAGCGGCUAUUUGUCAUCUCGCUCAUUCACAUGGAGUAGCACUUCUUGUUGACGAAGCUCACGGCUCGCAUCUUGGCUUUCAUUCGGAUUUGCCUCAAUCAGCGGUCUCUUUAAGAGCAGACAUCAUCGUACAUAGUACACAUAAAACACAAGGUUCUCUUACACAGUCAGCGAUGCUGCAUGUUAACGACAAUGGUUUUGUUAAUCUAGCACGCAUAGCACAAGUACUGCCGCUUCUGCAAAGUUCUUCGCCAAGUUCAAUUUUGCUUGCUUCAUUAGAUGCGACUCGUAUGCAAAUGGCUACAGAAGGUCGUGAGCGUUUGUCAAUUGUUAUUGCUCUUGCACGAAAAGCACGCGAUGCUAUUCGACAGAUGAAUGGCUUGUGGUGCUAUGGCGAUGAGUUAGUUGGUGUCAAUAACAUUUUUGCUUUUGAUCCAAGUAAACUUAUCAUUCGUGUGAGCGACGCAGGUUUCAGUGGCUUUGAGGCCAGUUCUCUUCUCAGACAUCAAUAUGGAAUCGAAGUGGAAUUUGCUGAUGUCAAACAUGUAAUCUGUUCAAUUACGAUAGCUGAUACGGAAUCAACUGUCGAUAAAUUACUCGAUGCAUUACAUAGUCUGACUAGACAAAAGCGUCCGAUUAUUGAUCAUGAUGGUUUUUCAAUCAAGCCACCAGAUGGUCUGCCACUUCCAGCGAUCAACUUACGCGAUGCCUAUCUUUCAACCAAAACGCGCACCAUUCCUCUUAAUGAAGCAGUAGGACAUAUACUAGUAGAGAAUGUAAUACCAUAUCCGCCCGGUGUUCCACUACUAGUGGCAGGUGAAAUAAUGGAACAACGUCAUCUAGAUUAUAUGCGUUAUUUGAUUGAUAAAGGAAGCACCAUCAUCGGUAUGGAAGAUUUAUCAUUACAAAUGAUUCGCAUAUUAGAUGCAUAA